AUGAUUAAUGAAGCUGUAAGUACUACAAAGUCGGAUGAGCUCUAUCGGCACCGGGCUAUUGGAAUCAGAUGUAAAGAUGGCAUUGUCUUUGGGGUAGAAAAAUUAGUCCUUUCUAAACUUUAUGAGGAAGGUUCCAACAAACGACUUUUUAAUGUUGACCGGCAUGUUGGAAUGGCAGUAGCCGGUUUGUUGGCAGAUGCUCGUUCUUUAGCAGACAUUGCAAGAGAAGAAGCUUCCAACUUUAGGUCUAACUUUGGCUAUGAUAUUCCACUAAAUCAUCUUGCAGACAGAGUGGCCAUGUAUAUACAUGCAUAUACACUCUACAGUGCUGUUAGACCUUUUGGCUGCAGUUUCAUGUUAGGGUCUUACACUGUGAAUGACGGUGCACAACUCUACAUGAUUGACCCAUCAGGUGUUUCAUAUGGUUAUUGGGGCUGUGCUAUUGGCAAAGCCAGGCAAGCUGCAAAGACAGAAAUAGAAAAGCUUCAGAUGAAAGAAAUGACAUGUCGUGAUGUUGUUAAAGAAGUUGCAAAAAUAAUUUACAUAGUGCAUGAUGAAGUUAAGGAUAAAGCUUUUGAACUGGAGCUCAGCUGGGUUGGUGAAAUAACUAAAGGAAGACAUGAAAUUGUCCCAAAAGAUAUAAGGGAAGAGGCGGAGAAAUAUGUUAAGGAAUCUUUGAAGGAAGAAGAUGAAUCAGAUGAUGACAAUAUGUAACAUUUACUUCAGCAUUUAUUUUAAAUGUCUAAUACAGUCCCCAUGUAACUAUUUUGCCUCUUGGAUUAUUCCAUACCCACUGACCAAUUUUCAUUAAAUUUUUGUCUUGUAAUCA